AUGUUGAUGAUUCGGCAAAUUACAUUUACCACAAAAUGCAUUCAGCAUUACUGAAUUAAGUUUUACAGUAAUAAGUUGAACAAAUUGUUAUUAUUUCAAUUGCUCAAGUUAAUACCGUCUUUGUUUGCAUACAUAUAUUUUUAUAGUUUUAGCAAAUAAUGAUAUCAAUAAGGUGCUAAACAGAAAACAAUCAGAUAAAAGUUUACGUUGGUGCUGCAUAGACGUUUUUAGAAUGUCUAGUUCUCAAACAAACAUCAAGUUCCGGUGGGGACUGACUGCAUCAGACCCGGAACAGAGUCCAGUAUUAUUUGUGGGUCAGCCAGCACACUUGAAAGCACUGUCAUGGCAAGAUGUCAGAUGCAAAUUGGAACCAAGGGUAACUGAAGAGGUUUGGCGUCGAGGAUUAUCAGUGACACAGCCUGGUGAUGUCAGUGAGCUAUGGCCAAAGGGUGCAGCAUUAGGGCUUCUUCCUCUAAGACGGUCAAGACAUGCAGCACCUGCGAGGAACCAUGCUCUGGCUAAAAUUGUCAAAUCUGCCCUAAGGUCUUCAGCAGAAGAGUACAUUGUGUUGGUGUGUCGCAAGCGAGACGUACUAGCGAGCGCUGUCAGCGUGGCCCGCUGCGUGCCGCUUUAUAACGCGCGCUCCGGAUUGGCGCCGCUCGACUCCGCCCUUAGUGACUCCGCCCCCGCAGCGCCCACUGUCAAGACUCUCACUGUAGAGAUAUACAUCGCCGCUGACGAAGGAGAUUCAGAGGACGAGGGUCUGGGCGCGUUGGAGCCGACCCUCACGGAUGGAACACUCCGCUCAGAGGAGCUGGCGACCAUCCAAGACGUGUGUGACGCAACACGGCUGGCCGCCCGUAUUACUGACACUCCCGCAAACAUCAUGGGCGUGGACGCCUUCAUCGAGGAAGCAUGCAAGGUGGCCAAGAGCUUAGAGAUAGCUGAGCCGACAAUAAUCCGCGGGGAGGAGUUGAAGGCCCGCGGGAUGGGUGGUAUCUACGGCGUGGGCAAGGCGGCAGCCCGUCCUCCUGCGCUCGUGGUGCUGUCGUACUCCGCCCCCGCAGCCACCGAGACGGUCGCCUGGGUCGGCAAGGGCAUCGUAUACGACACCGGUGGCCUCAGUAUUAAGGCGAGGACAUCGAUGGUGGGGAUGAAGGGAGACUGCGGCGGCGCGGCGGGCGUAUUAGGCGCCUUCUACACUUUGGUGCGAGCGGCGCCCGCUGUCAACGUGCACGCGGUACUGUGUCUGGCGGAGAACGCCGUCGGACCGGAGGCCACGAGACCUGACGACAUUCACCGGCUGUACUCCGGGCGAACUGUGGAAAUCAACAAUACUGAUGCUGAAGGCCGCCUGGUGCUCAGUGAUGGCGUGGUGUUCGCCAGGCGAGACCUGAAGGCCGACACCAUAGUAGACGUGGCCACCCUCACCGGCGCACAGGGCACAGCGACGGGCAAGUACCACGCCGCGAUCUUAUCGAACCGGUACUCGAUGGAGGCGGCCAGUGUGGUGGCAGGGCUCCGCUCCGGAGACCUGGUGCAUCCAUUGCCCUUCGCCCCCGAGCUCCACUUCACCGAGUUCAGCAGCGUCGUCGCUGACAUGAAGAACAGUGUGGCGGACCGCAACAAUGCGCAGGCAUCUUGCGCCGGUCUGUUCGUGCUGGCUCACCUCGGGUUCGAGUUCCCCGGCGUAUGGCUCCACGUGGACAUGGCGGCGCCCGCACACUGCGGCGAGCGUGCAACUGGCUACGGCGUGGCUCUGCUAAGCGUACUGUUCGGGAAACAGACCAAGAGUAGACUGCUGAGAGCUCUGGCACCCAACUGACCCUGGUGGAGCUUUGACUUGGGUGAGGAGAUGUGCUGACACCGACUUAUUGCUUCCAAAUUUAUUU